UGGAAACUGAGCAAGGGAGCUGAGUGGUUGACAUCAUCAGACUGAGCAUUGGGUUACAACAAAUGGGGACUUACUUGGCCCGAGACGUGGGAAACACCCACUAAAACCUCGAAGUGCAUUUCACUUGGGAGACUCGGAGAGGGAGAGAGAAAGGGCCAGAGAGUCUAGCCUGCACCCACCAGCCUGGUCUGCUAAUCUUAUCCUCCAAAGGGAGGCAUAAAUACUACCUUCACUUGUCACUGAGGACCACACGACUUUGAAGAAACUCUCUGCUCUUAAUUUCCACACUGACUAGUCCACAGUGGGAAACCUGAAGAGAUGCGAGCAGGAAAAAGAAACUAAACCAGGCCUGAAGAGCAAUGCGACCGGCAUGAUGGAAGUCGAGUCCUCCUACUCGGACUUCAUUUCCUGUGACCGGACGGGCCGUCGGAACGCUGUCCCUGACAUCCAGGGAGACUCUGAGGCUGUGAGCGUGAGGAAGCUGGCUGGAGACAUGGGCGAGCUGGCCCUCGAGGGGUCAGAAGCGCAGGCUGAGGCGGGCCCCUCUGACAAGGAAGCUGGCAACCCGCCGGAGAGCAGCGCUGGGACCACCUCGUCUUGAGUCUGUCCUCGCCCAGGGAGGCUCGAAGAGAGACCGGCUGUCCCCACCUGGACAGGGGGCCCUGGCACAGGCCCAGCAGCCUCUUCUCGGAGCCUUUGUCACAGGCAAGCCAGGCCAGAGUGAAAAGACACCCCCAGGGGCCACCAUGGCCCCUGCCCUGGGAAAGCCCUCUGCCCACAUCCACAGGCUCCACGCUCCCACCUCCUCACCACGCCCACGUACACUCUCAAGACACUGUAACCACAGGAUGGUGUUUAUCCAGUGGGCACCGGGACUCAGGGGCUGGGCCCUGCACCCCUGGGUGAGCCGCCCACCCAGCCACCUUCCUCUCACUGGCAGCCUGGGUGGGGACCAGGUCCCAGCUCUGCCCCUUCUCCAGCCCCAACCUUCUGGGUCAGAACCUUCAUAUCCCUUUUUUAAAAAACACUUUUAAACUUUGUAAAAAACUUCAUACCUUUUUUCAGCAGAGAGAGGGAGGGAGCUGACCUUUUAUUCUGGAAGCAACUGUCCACUAACCUCUUUGACCAUCUAUGCAGCUCUGAGGUUCCCUCAUGGGCCUUCACAGAUCCAGUUUUAGGGAAGGGAUUUUGUGCUCCAAACUAUCUGAUCAACUCUUACCCCUUUCUGUCAAGAGAAGUGACACCUAGGACCCAGAAAAUAAAAUGCUGAUGAUUUGUG